CCCCUUGCCGCUCGUCUUGCUCUUGCUGGCCACAAGACACUGCUCAUCGAAGCUGGAGACGAUCAGGGCGCCAAUGUCAACUACACUGUUCCUUCCUACAAUGCCAAGGUCUCAGAGGACCCCAAUCUGGCAUGGAACUUCUUUGUCAAGCACUACGCUGAUGAGGAGCGUCAAGCUCGGGAUUUCAAGACCUCUUACCAAACCCCUGAUGGCGGUCUCUACACUGGUCUUGACCCUCCGGCAGGGUCCGAGAUGAAGGGUACUCUGUAUCCUCGUACUGGUACUCUCGGAGGCUGCACAGCACACAAUGCCUUGAUCGCUGUCUAUCCUCAUCGCUCGGACUUUGAUAACAUUGCUACCAUCACCGGCGAUGCAUCAUGGUCUGCCGAUAACAUGCGCAAGUACUUUGUCAAGCUUGAAGACAACCACUACUUGCUCCCUGGCCAGAAGGGCCAUGGCUACGAGGGCUGGCUCGGAACCUCUUACGCCCCCAUCGAUAUCGUCCUCACUGACCCUAAGCUUCUCAGUCUUGUGACCGGCGCUACCUUUGCACUCGGUAACCAGACCAAUGCUAUUCUUAACCUCGCCUCCCUUGUCGCUGGCGAUGCCAACUCGGCCUCUGCCACACGUGAUAGCCAGCCCUCCAUCUUCCAGAUUCCCUUGUCGACCGCUGAUGGCAAGCGCGGUGGCUCCAGAGAAUUUGUUGUCGCUGUCCGUGAUGCCAAGACCGCCGAUGGCUCAAAGGCUUUCCCUCUUGGUGAGUUUCCCNACGUCAGGACCAACUGCCAUGUUACCAAGAUCACCUUCGACCAGUCUACACCUCCUCGCGCUACCGGUGUCGAGUUUCUUGACGGUGCUUAUCUCUACAAGGCGAGUCCUAAAAAUUCCGGCAAUGCUGGUACCGCUGGAUCUGCAACUGCGUCUCGCGAGGUCAUCAUCUCCGGUGGAACCUACAACUCUCCCCAGCUCCUGAAGCUCUCAGGUGUGGGACCGGCCGACGAGCUCAAGCAGUUUGACAUUCCCGUCAUCGUCGACCUCCCCGGUGUCGGCACCAACCUCCAAGACCACUAUGAGAUCAACGUCCAGGGCAAAGCUCCCUCCAAUUUCUCCGCACUCAAUGGCUGUACUUNNUUCGACGGCAGCGCCCAGGACAAGUGCCUGGAUCGCUACAAUAAGCCUAUUCUCGGGGACCGUGGCAUCUACUCUUCGCCCGGUCUCGGCGCCGCCAUGUUCUAUAAGUCCAGCGUCGCCGAGCAGAACGAGUUUGACGUCUUCGUUUUCGGCGGCCCCGUCAACUUCCGUGGUUACUUCCCUGGUUACAGUGUCAACGCUACCGCCGAGCACGACUGGUUCACCUGGGCAAUCCUCAAGGCCCAUCCUCGCAACAAUGCAGGAACCAUCAAGCUCCGCUCUGCAGACCCUCUCGACACCCCCGAGAUUGUCUACAACUACUUUGACACUGGCGUCGGUGACUACGAGAAGGAUCUCACUGCCCUCAACGAGGCCGUCGACCUCGCUCGUGACUCGUUCAAGCGUCAGCUCGUCGAGAUCGAUGAGGUCCUCCCUGGCAAGGAUGUCACUACCAGGGAAGGCAUCUCUCAGUACGCAAAGGACACUGCAUGGGGUCACCACGCCUCAUCGUCGUGCCCCAUUGGCGCCGAUGAUGACGAGAUGGCUGUUCUUGAUUCGAGCUUCAGGGUCCGCGGCACUGCCGGUCUGCGUGUCGUCGAUGCUUCCGUUUUCCCCAAGAUUCCCGGUACUUUCACUGCCGUCUCUACAUACAUGAUUGCCGAGAAGGCGGCCGAUGUUAUCUUGCAGCAGCUCACCCAG